GGGUGAUGGCUAAUAAAAUGAAUCUGCCGAACGUCAUUUGUCACAUUUACGAAAUGAGAUGAAAUAAGAAUAAAUAGAAAGGAUUUCAAAGAUGAAUUCAGAAGAUGUGAAAUGCCACAGAGAUAACAAUGAAUGAAUUAGAAUACAUAAAUCGAGUCACUUUGUCCCAAUUCGAUGAAUAUGAAUCGAACGAUUUCUAUUGGACAUCGAGAAAUCAUUCAUUUGAUCAUAACAUUACUGAACUAAAUAGAUUGGAUAAUGUAACUGUAUUUAUUGAGAAAGAACCUGUCAAUAAUUGGUGGGCUCUUAUUGCUUUAGUACUAGUUGUUUGUACAGCGGCGGGUAAUGUGCUGGUAUGCUUAGCUAUUUAUUUGGAAAGACGGCUUCAAAACGUAACUAACUACUUUCUCAUGUCUCUCGCUAUAACUGAUUUACUGGUGGCGGUGCUUGUAAUGCCUCUUGGAAUACUAACCCUUGUAAGAGGUUACUUUCCUUACCCGGCGGUGUAUUGCCUGACGUGGAUAUGUCUUGAUGUUCUCCUUUGUACAGCAUCUAUCAUGCAUUUAUGCACUAUAAGUGUGGACAGAUACCUCUCACUGAGAUAUCCAAUGCGAUUUGGAAGAAACAAAACAAGAAAAAGAGUAACGAUAAAAAUAGUUUUUGUAUGGAUAUUGUCAACAGCGAUGAGUUUACCUUUAAGUUUGAUGUAUUCCAAGAACGAAGAGUCGGUGUUGAUAGGUGGUUCAUGCCAGAUACCAGAUCCGUUGUACAAGGCGAUCGGAUCAGUGAUAUCAUUCCUCAUUCCUUUGGGCGUGAUGCUGCUGACGUAUGCGCUGACGGUUCGCCUACUGGCCAGACAGAGGAAGGGGCUCGGCCCGGGUUGGGCUACCGGCUGGCUUGGUGCGCCUACAAUCGAUCGUCGCUGCACUUGGAGGAGGUUUCUGGCUCCCAGAGGUGGUACACCACAGCACUCCGCUGCUUCCACUGAAACAGAACUACCGCCAAUAGAUACAAGAGAUCUUUGGCUACAAGACACAAGCGAGCCCGCCCCGUCAGCCAUGAGCGCACUGCAUCACUUUGGGGCAGAGAUGUUGCGCCUCUCUCGUGGAUUGGAAGCUUCGGCUGCAACUAAAGCUUCAUUCAAAGGAACAAAUGUAACUGAUCGAGGGGGAUUGUUGACGCCUGGCUCUUUAAGUGUCUCUUCAAGCUCUCCUUCAUCGAUGCUUCAAGACAAACGACGUCUUUCAGCAACUGUCGAUCCAAACACUCCCCUAAAUAGACCGCGAAGCGCAUCAGAUGACGAAGGUAACGAUGGUCUAUUAGCUCCUGUGACAUUAACUGCGAAAUCGAGAAGCUCCGAAGAUGGAUUACUUCUGCCACCGCCUUGUACUUGCCCUUACUUUGGUAGUGAUUCUACGCCGCCUAGACGUACGACUGAGGUUAUAAUAGUGUCUGGCGGUGAUAUCGACGGCUGCAAUGAAUUCCCUCGUAAUGGCAAUGUAAAGCCUGAUGAUCCAUGUACACCAGUCUUUAGACGGUCUAGUCGCGGCGCUUCAUCUAUGGUCACCUGGGAGGAAGCUAGAAGAUUCAGACGAGGCUCUAGUAUGGGCGGUGCAAGAACAACACUAUCCACUCCAAUUAGAAAUAUUCGACCGCAAAGAUCAAGCACUAGGGCUCAGCAAUCUAUCAACCCUAGUCCUCAGCGACAAACACCCAGGACACAUCACUCUAGAAAUUCGAGCGUCAUAUCAAGAAACUCAUCUAGACAUGGAAGAAUUUUACGCCUAGAACAAAAGGCUACUAAAGUGCUCGGUGUCGUAUUCUUCACUUUUGUCGUACUUUGGGCGCCAUUUUUCAUUCUUAACAUGGUUCCUGCGAUCUGUCCGGACUGCGAGAAGCACAUUUCUAGUUGGGUGUUUGAUUUUGUUCUGUGGUUGGGUUACGCUAGUUCGAUGGUUAAUCCAAUAUUCUAUACGAUAUUUAACAAAGUUUUUCGACAAGCCUUCAAAAAGGUGCUUCUGUGUCAGUAUUGUAAAGCUAAGAGGUAGCCGGCACCCUGGGAGCGCGUGCGGCCGUCUUCAGACCCCGGCCUCGGCGCGCUCUCAGUCAAUAGAAAUAUUCGAUCUCAAUUCGUAUAAACUACACAGAGCUUUAAAUAUAACGCUUAUAGUACA